AUGUCGGAAAGUGAAGGAUCAGAAUCAUCUGUCGCUGGUGCGCAUAAUGUUGGCAUAUCAGUGUCACGGGACACUGGUACCAAGGUUGACCUCAUUCUCAGAAUUGCUGGUUUACGAAAACGGCGAAAUUUUUUUUCUUCACUCGUUAGCGCUUUCAAGAAGCCAUCAGAUCCUUCAAAAAUGUGCUCAAAUGCGGUCUUUAAAACGUUCAGUUUGACAACGUCUUCACUUCAGUUUUCUGUUGAUGUACAAAAUGAACGACGCAAAAAACCGAGAAAAGGCAAUACUAAUCGUGUUGAUACAUACAAUUGUUUCAUCCGAAAAUUUCCUACUAGUAUAAAUCCUGAAUCGGCUGAGUUUGAGAUAAUGGAACCUGCAAGUGGAAACUGUUUCAUUUUAUUGAGUUUAAUGAAGAUUGACAAUCUGUCCACAAACUGGAAGGAAUUUCAGGAUAACAAUGGGACUAUAGAUGUAUCGUGUCUCUAG